AUGGCGUUUAGGAUAUCAUUGAGGAGUUAUUCAGUCCUUCAAAAUGAAUUCAAAGACUCUAUGAGCAGAAUCGGCUGCCAGGCAAUGAUUUUAACUGCGGGACAGAAAUCAAAUGCUAGAGGUUCACUCCAUGGCAUGACAUUAUCCUCAACAUGUUCUCUUUCAGUAUACCCAAAGCCUUUAUUGCAAUUCAAUCUUCACCUUCCUUCAUAUACUUCACAAAACCUACACGAGCUGAAAUUGUUAGCUCUUCAUGUCCUUCCUCCAAGUGCAAACGCAGUAAAAUUGGGCCGAAUAUUUGCCAAUGGAGUGAAAAGACCACCGCAAUCGAACCAAUUACCGGACAACGAAGACGGUGAUUUGUUCCAUGAAAAGACCACCCCUUUCACAAACUUAGAAACUAAAGAGUGGAACUUUCAUACCAUUGAAAAUGUAAAUAUCCCCAUCCUUCAGGAAGCUGAGAGAGUUUUCAUUUGUAAGAAGAAUGAAGUUUUCGAAGUAGACAAGCAUGAAAUAUGGGUAGUCGAAGUUUUAGAUAUUCUCAAACCUAGAGCUGAGCUAGCUGAAGGAUUGAGUGGAGGGCUCUUGUAUCAUAAUAGAAAUUUCCAUAAAGUUGGCCCAAUUCUAACCGAAGACUAG